ACACCACUGGCAAGAAGAAGAAUAAUAAUCGGCAGUGACUUGUCACAAAUUCGUCACAUCGCAUUUUUACCGCUCCUCUGACUUCUGCUUUUACUCGGCUCAUACCAAUAACAAUCGUGUUCGGCUGGAGGGAGAAAAAAAAAAAGUGGGCAAGGGGAAAAAUAGGGUCUUGCCUAAUACUGCCUUCGAUUGACAUUUGUCACCCACUGGUUUUCCACCUGCACGCUUGGUUCUCUUUGCACCAUUUGCUGUCCGUGUCAAGAAUAAAUAGGAGAUGGCUCGCGUUUCCCUGGACUCGGAGAGGCCUAUUAUGGCUCCAUCGCACCACGAAUCAAAGCGCUUCUCAACAUAUAGCGGCGUCCCCUCGCUCGCGGCCUCAGACGGUACUACCAGCACGCUGCCUAGCGGCGACCCACGAAUGGCCGAAAUCAAAGAAUACUCCGAAGGCCUCGACCGCCUCGAGAGCAAACCGCUCGAACAACAGCGAUUCAUACCCAGCGCAGAGAAAUCUGACAACCUGAACAAGUUGGCUCUCGGUGCCAAAGUCGAACGUGCGCUCGGCCGGAGGAUGACGGGCCAAGACGCCGUCAUGCGGAAACCUGUGAUAUUGGACGAGAAGAAGGCUUUGGAGAAUUGAUCGGCUGCUUCUUUCUUGCGUGUUUUCCACUGCAUAAUGUUGAUCUGCUGAUCAGGACGAUAUACAUGCACACAUAUGCUCAAUCUUUCUGCGUCUAUCUUUGUCUAUCUUUCCUUGUCUAUCUUUGUUCUUGGUUUACCCGGCAUAUUGUCUACGGCUUCAACGACGACCUCCUUGGUUAUGAUUGGCGUCUCCAUUCUUCCUGCAAAUGCUCUCUUAUAUAUACCUGCUAUGCUCAUUUAUUCGUUGAUUGGAUCAGUUUGACUGAUAUUCUUUGGUGUUGCGGUACAGACCAUAGUGAGACCAGCGUAUUGAAAUCAAUAUCAAUAUCAAUAUCAAUGUCAAGAUCAAUUUCUUACUCAAAUGACUUGUUCAAUGACUUCCAUGUCAAAGCGAGGUGUAUAUACUAUCAUCAUUGACAUCAAUAGAUGGCAUAAUAUAAGAGAUGCCUUGUCGCCUUAG